GGGUUUCUCUGUGUAGCUUUGCGCCUUUCCUGGGACUCACUUGGUAGCCCAGGCUGGCCUCGAACUCACAGAGAUCCGCCUGGCUCUGCCUCCCGAGUGCUGGGAUUAAAGGCGUGCGCCACCACCGCCCGGCUGCUUUCUUUCUUAUACAACCCAAGACCACCUGUCCAGAGAUGGCAUUGCCCACAGUGGACUGAGCCCUCCCACAUCUGAGGGCAAAUUUGAUGAAGGCAAAUUCCUCAGUUCAACUUCCUUCCCUGUGUGUCAAGCUGACAAAAAAAUGGUAUAUCUAGAAACAUGUUAAAGUAGUUUCAUGAAUUAAAUUUCUCAUAGAAUUAAAGAAAGUUAACAGCACAAUAAGAAAUAUUUUCAUGAAAAGUAAUCACGUUUUCCACAAUAACAAAAAAAAUGUAAAGAAUGAUGUUGGUGUGCUCUCUGUUCCCAGAAAUCCCUUUAACAGCUACCGUAACUGGGGUCAGUUGGAUCUUUAUAGCAGCUUUGGCAUUCACUGUAAUGUUUUGAUGGAUGUAUAUAAAGAAACGGUGAUUUCAGACAUUUGUAAAGUUGGACAGGGAAACGUAAUUGUAGCCUUUUUGGAUAAUCAUGGGUUUUCUUCUCUGGAUCUACAUCAGAACCCCACAAGUGGCGAUGUCUCAAAGAUUUGCUGCCAUGUAGCAUCUGAAAUGAUGUCUAUGUGCCUGCGAUACUCCAUUAGAACCCACUGGCCUGCCUCCAAUGACUCUCUUCACCUGUGCUCCGUCUUGCAACACCCUGUGCUUUUCAUAUGGAGAGACCGGUCCAUGGGUGAUGGAGAUUCCCUCAUGUUGGCACAUUUCAUUUUACGUUGGGCCCUGACCCCCGUCCCUUGGGUAGCUGUUGCCUUGCUUGCUGACCUUGAUCAGAUGUCCUCCCUAUGCUGAUUCCCUGCUGCUUUCCUUCCUCCAGAACAGCUUACAGGAGGUUCCUUGUUUGUGUAUCCUGCAUAUUUGGUGUAAACAGCUAGGAUGCAAGAAUGUAAAACAUCUGUAGCAAACUUCUGCCCUCCAGGUUCUCCCACUGUGCUGUAAGCCUGUAUUUAAGGCCUCUUCCUUCCUUCAAUAAAGGGAAUUCUACUUAGACAAUGACCCGCUGUCUUGUCUCUGUUUUAAUCCUUAGCCCCUCAGUCCGACAUGGUGAAUGGGUAGUUGCGUGGGCACUACAAUUUUACAAUCACAUUUGCUAAGCCGUAUACUCAGGGGUAAAGGAUUCAAUAAAUGCACUCCAAAUUGUACCUGGAUUGUAACAUGCUCCCCAGAGGCGGUGCUCUCCUAUAAGUGUGGUGCAUACAGCAGUUUGCUGAUGGCAUCUUUUUUGUGUGUCCAGGCAUCAGCAGUUUUCUCUACCAUUGCCUUUAAGCCACAGGGUAAGUGACAACAGAGUGAACGAGGCUGGUGACAUUUUAAUCUGACAAUGAAAACAGUUUUCAUUUCCUAAGUCCCCUAAACUAAAAAUCAGGGAUGCUUAAGGGUUUGUAGAUUACAGUGUGUGCACUGGUGAUCCAUGGCACAGUAUUUUGUGUAUGUGUGCAUGUGCAUGUGUAUGAGUGUGUGGGAGGAGAGCUGUGUGUGUGGAGGUGUGCAUGUGUGUAUAGAGUUCAGAGAACAACUUUGGGUGUUGGUUCUCACAGUCUCCCAUCUUUUGUUUGAGAUAGGGUCUCUCACUGGCCUGGAACAUCACCAACCAGGUCAGACCGCCUGGCAAGGGAGCCUGGGGGAUCGCCUAUUUCUAUUUCCCACGCUGGGAUUACAACCAUGAGCCGCCAUGCCCAGCUUUGUAUGGGGGUUCUGGGGAUCUGAACUUAGGUCUUCAAGCUUGAGAAAAAAGCCACAUUACUGACAGUGCCAUCUUCCCAGACACCUCGUGGCAUACAUUAACAACAAUUUUUAGCUGUUUUAGUUAUGUGUUGGCGAGCUGUAUUCCUCAUGUGGUGUGGCAAUAGCUUUUAAUUUCCAUGGAUCCCUUAUGCCAGAUCCAGUCAUCCAGUCCAAACUGUUCAUGCAGAUUGUCACUGGCCCCACAGCAUCUCUGGAUGCUUCUAUACUAGAAAGACAAGAUGCCGAACUCCACAACCAACUCAAGGUAGCAUAAAACUAACAGAACCCUGAAGGAGGAGCUGAAAAGUCACACUGGAAGAUGGGUGGAGGGGACACUGUAAAGUGCCAGUCUAUUACUUUAGAGAUAAUUCUGGGUACAAUGGAGGCCAUCAGUAGUUUGGGGGUUGCAGAAUGGUGGAUGCUAUCCACAGUUGCUGAGAGUUAGCCAUCCACACAGCAGAACACACACACACACACACACACACACACACACAUGCACACGCACACGCAUGCGCACACACACACACACACACACACACACACACACACACACACACACUCACACAGUUUAGAUGCAAAUCCACAAGACAGGAAAGCAAGUCACUGAUGCAGAAACCUAGGGAGCCCUUGCUAGGGGUGAAGGAUUUGUAUGGAAUUUCCUAAAUGGCCUGUAUCUCGGGCAGAUUCUGUGAUGGAACUGUCGAAAAUAUCAGACAUGACGAAGCUCCACCAGGCCGUGGCAGCAGGGGACUGCAAUUCAGUGAAGAAGAUUCUGAAGAAAGGUCUCUGUGACCCAAACUACAAGGAUGUGGACUGGAAUGACAGGACGCCUCUCCACUGGGCUGCAAUCAGAGGGCAAAUGGAAGUGAUACAUCUCCUGAUACAAUAUGGAGCCAGACCCUGCUUGGUGACUGAUGUGGGCUGGACCGCAGCUCACUUUGCAGCUGAGUCAGGCCAUCUGAAUGUACUCAAAACUCUCCACGCACUGCACGCUGCCAUUGAUGCUGCUGACUUCUUUGGAGAUACACCCAAGAGGAUCGCACAGAUCUAUGGGCAGAAAGCCUGUGUGGACUUCCUGGAGAAGGCAGAACCGGAAUGCCGAGACCACCGCCAGAGAGGGCUGUUGCUUGAUGAGCGGGACCCAGAUUGGGACCUCAAGAAAAGGGAGCUAGAGCAGUCUCUCCCCGCCCCAGAUCGAAACACCAACAAAAAGAGUAAUAAGAGAAUCCGAGGCUCCACCAGGCUCUGCCAUUCCAAGGCCUGGAGGGUAUGAGAAGGCGGAGCCCAGGACACAGACUCACUGGACCUGGGACCCAGCCUGGAGUCAGAGGGGUUGUCUGGCUUCCUGCUCUUCACGGAAUUCGACUCCACCACCCUUACCCAGGCCUCCACAGAUACCCACAGCAAACCAUUCGGUUGGAAAAGCCUUGCCGCCGUGUUCUCUAUCAGAGCCCGUGUCUCUGCCAAAACCUGAGAGCGCGACGCUAAACCCAAAGCUCGACCCGGAGGGGACAGGGCAGUGGACAGCCAACAGCUGCUUGCAUUUUGUUUGCAGUGACUUGCAAUGUCAGCAUGCCCCUCCCCUCCCCCACCAACACACACAUAGUUACAGAGUGUUCGCCAUCAAAGAAAGGGCUCUUCCAAUGAAACUGAUCAGACGGGAGCAAAAAAUGAAAUAAAAAGCAAAACAAAAAUAAAACUCUAAAACUUACCAAUAUGAUCAAUUCAAUAUAUGAAUACAAUUAAUAUUUUUUGUCACAAAGACUAAACAAACGCUCUUUGGGCGUUCAGCUUUUUUUUUUUUUUUCUUGUGGGAGCCCACAGUCCCAGUCUCAGUGAGAGAACUGGAAAGCCUGGCAUGAAGAGGUUCUGCCCCACCUAACUGGGCAAACGCAGAAAAGUGUGGGCUUGUUGGUCUAGUUUUUCAAUUGUAGAUUUUGUAAAAGUUAGAUCAGAUAUUUCCAAGAAAAAUAUAGCAUCUAUCGAAGUUCUGAAGACGGUACAAGAAAAAGAUAAAUGCCGCCGGAGCUGUGGUGGCGACGCCUUUAAUCCACUUGGGAGCACUUGGGAGGCAGAGGCAGGUGGAUCUCUGUGAGUUUCGAGGCCUGCCUGGUCUACAGAGUGAGAUCCAGGACAGGCACCAAAACUACACAGAGAAACCCUGUCUCGGAAAAAAAAAAAAAUGCCUUGUUAGCUAUUUU